AUGUGCUCUACCUUCAACGCAUCCAGCCGUCCAGCUGCAUGGACUCUCGACCAGCCAGAGGCUGACGUCGCAGUUACCUCAUCCGAGUUUAACUCCACCGGUUUCUCUGCCACUGACUUCUCCUCCACUGGCUUCCAGGGCCCCAUCGUUGAGAAGACUGGACUCACUCUUCCUGACACUACCAUCUCUCCCGACGCGGGAAUGUCUCGCUCGAUCGUCAAGAUCGAAGCGCGUUUCGCCAACAAAUUGACUGGCUACUCCAUCUGGAAGAUCAGCACCGGACUCCUCGUCAGCCCCGACCUCGUCGUCGCAGGGAGUGAAGCCGUGUACGAUUCGGAGUAUCAGCUUGGCGCGGCUACGCAGGUCAAGUGCUACAUUGGAUAUCGUGGACGUGACAUUCAGCCUCGAAAUGGCCAGCGUGUUGUUUUCUCCGCAGACUGGACUGAGGGCUCGGAGAGGCGCUCGCGAGAUAUUGCUUUUAUCCAGGUUGGGCAACCUUUCACUUUGAGUGCUCAUGUUCAAGGUAUGUUAGGCCAGAUUACUUUGUCUUCAUUUGCUAACGAAUUGGCAUCUGUAGAAGACUGCGUCCCCGUCCCCGUCACUGUUUGCACCAAUUGCAGCGCUCACGAGGCCCCUGUCGCUCAAGCUGAGCCUGAACCCGAGGUUACGCAGCCUGAUGCUCCUGUUCCCAUUUGUGUCGAGCCCGCAGUUGAGGAACCUAAGCUCGAGAUACCUGCCCCAGCAACUGAACCUGUUCCCGAACCCGACUACGUUGAGAUCAAGAUUGACAAUACGCCGGAUACUUCUGUCUCCGAUGAUGUCGACCCCUUCUACGACACCCUCAAGACGGUGUCCCAAAUAGACACCAAGACCCUCGACAUCGAGUCCUCACUGAUCGACGAUGUCGGCCAAUUCGUCAGUGUCGCCGCUGGCUCUCUCGUCAGCCACGUCGUCGGCGCAGAGACCAUCUCCAGCGGCAAAGCAACCAAGCUCUCCGGUGUCUCUGAACGUGCCCUCCUCGCUGAGGCAUCUCUCCAGGCUGUUUUCGCCAUCGAGCAGUCCACCGAGCUUGAUGAGAUCAUCGCAGCGAUGAAAGAUAACUGGACUGCCAAUGCGCCACAGGUCGAGCAGCUUUCUGAACUUCUUGCCCCGUACCUUGCUGAGGCUGCUCGAUGCAUUAUUGAGUACCAUCAGGAAGAUGAGGCUGUUGGGAAUGUCACUUCCUCCAAGGCUCCGAAGCGCCGCAACCUUGGUAUUCGACAGUUCCACGUCAGCAAUGCUACCAACGGUUUUGUCAAGGGUCUCUUUGAACCUACUCUUCCUCUAGCAGGUCGAGAAGAUGUCUUUUCCUCUCUUGGUCCUGCCCUCCGCAGUGCUGUUUCCGCUGUUGAGCAAAUUGUUUGCCAAGCUGGAACCACCGCCGUUGAUGUGAACACGCCCAAGCUUCUCACCAAGUACAAGGGUCCUGCCCCCUCAGCCGGCGACAUUGAAGCUACUCGCGUUCUCGUCCAGCGCGCCAUCAUGGCAGACGCCGCUUACCAAGCCCUCUCUGCCCUUCCCCGAGAGAAGCUCCAAGUUCUGAAAGUCAUCCCUCUUGACGCUGAGCUUCCUCCCGCUGACAACAUCUUUGACUUCAUCAAGAACGUCAUUCAGAAGAUUGGUCCUGUUUGCCUUCACGACGCCAGGCAAGCUGUGCACAGGUUUUUCCCUAUCCUCGUUGAUACUCCUGCCAAAGCUCCUAAGCCUGUUCCCGCGAAGACUGCAAGCAGUAAGUUUGCGCUUCGAGACUUUCUGAGCAGCAAGAAGGGUUCUGUCAAGACACUCUAA